AUGUCUUCUCGCGACACAGGUGCUGCGCGAGUACGCUCUCGCCGCUCUAUUGCACAUGUACCACGAUCUCGGAUGACGUCUGGCCUGGAUAAGGAGAAUGCGACAACAGACAUCGGCGCAGUACCACCUUUUGAACCCAACACGAAGCCCACCAUGAAAGAUAAGAAGUCACGAAGUAAGAGUUUAGGGCCUGGUGGACUGGACGCUCUGCAGAACUCCAAUGGCAAUCGACGCAAGUCCACGGCCUCGUUUCCUCUCAAAUCGAUUCUUAAACCUACCGUUCCCGUAUCUCCAGUGCGAAACAUCCCAUCGUUCGAGGAAACUCGUCGUCGCACUCCGGCUCGUAAUGCGCAAAGCCAGGAAUCCAGCUGGGAAUCUAGCAGUCAGAACCAGGAGGGCCUUUUGAUCGACUUUGCAACGCCCCCUCGACCCGCCGCUGAAGGGGAUGAUACCGCCAAUCCAUUCGACACUUUCAACGCAACAACUGCGAUCCGCGAGGAAAUGGCAGCCACCAAGGAGCGCGAUGACAAGGAGCGUCGGGAGCGCGAACGCCAAGCUAUCUUAGAGAAACGAGCGGCGCGACGGAAGUCUAUGGCGAAUCGUCGCGUAUCAUUUGCCCCGGAGGCUACACUGCACACCUGGAAUGUCGUGGAGAUUCCCGACGAGUCGACAUCUUCCUCUGCAGCAAACUCUACCCGACGCGCCUCUAAUGUGAACAACUCAGAAGCCAAGGCCCAAGCACCCACUCCUGCCAAAGAGGCCCCAUCGUCACCUGAAACAGAUGCUGGCUCAGACUUCGGUUUCUCACCUGUUCGUCAGCAAGAUCUUGAGCAGAUGCGAGGCCGCUCUGGAUCUUCAGGCGAAGAUGAAGGCCCAACGGAAAUGUCCUCCAGUCCGUUUAACGGAAGCUCGCCAGGCAGCGAAGAUACCGGCGCACAAAGCUUGGGAGAAGUGGAGGAAGAUGAUGGCCAGUCCUCAGAGUCAGACGAUGGCUUUGAUGUCGAAAGUACUGCUAUGAGUAUGGAUGACAUGACGGCCCGUUCCGGCGUCAGUGUACAGUCGGACGUUUCUUCUAGUUCGAGUUCCAGUGCCAGACUGAAUGACGCAUUGCGACAAGCUGCAAAGGAAGCUGGAACACAAGCUGUUGAUGAAGAGGAUGGAGAAAUGUCAAUGGAGAUUGCAGACCAAGAAAUCACUGGCGCCUUCCAACCCUGGAUCAAGAAGGGCCAAAGACAAAGCUUCGACUGGUCAGAUAUUAGUGCUCGACAUGACCAAGAAAACAUGGACCCGUCCAAGGUUGCUUCAGAAAAUAAUGCUCCCGGGUCAGAUGAGAUGGACGAAGAUGAAGAGAUGAGCAUGGACGUGACGAAUGCGAUCGGACAGAUACUCGGUAAAUCAUCUGGUCAUCGGAAGAGUGCCGUGCGUCGCCAGUCCACUGCACAGCAAAGCGAAUACGACGAUCAAACCAUGGAGAUGACAAACGUUGUCGGGGGAGGAAUUGAAAGGGUCGAUUUCGCCCAACCCGAUGACAACGACAAUGCCGACGAGGAUGAAGAGAUGACCAUGGAGUUCACUUCGGCCAUUGGAAAAGUCCUCAGCAAAGGACCGUCCUAUGAACAAGGUGCAGAUGUUGAAGCUGAACAGCUUGCUACUGACACACCCAAGUCGGACCGCAUGACCGACGAUCAAGGUAAUGGAUCGGAUUAUGGGAUGGAAAUGGAAAUGACUGGUGCAGUUGGUGGCAUCCUUCCGUCGGGGCAAGAAAUCCUGGACAAAUUUCAAGCAAAGAGGCUCAUGGAACUGGAAGCCGAGUCAGGGCAAUUGAACAGCUCUCCCUUUCAAGAGAACACUCAAAAGUCCCCAGCCAAAUCACCUCUGUCAUUCAAUGUGGCGGCGGUGGCCUCGGAGCAUGGAAGCCCUAGCUUGACGAGUGUCAAAUCUCGGACUCCUCGACGUAGUUCUCUUUUGGGGGUAUCGAAUACACCAGAGUCCCACACCCCACGCCGUUCGCCACGCAAAUCACCGACGAAGAAACCAUUAACCCCUCCUAAGCAGUCUACACCUCAGACGAAGCCGACCACACCAAGCAAGACACCCCCAUCUGCAAAUGUAUCAUUCCGAAGUGCUUCUCCAAAGAAGCUUUUCCGGCCUGAACUCCAAAAUCAACGUUCCGCGGACAAGAAGAAAUCACCACGUCUCAGUAUAUUCGAACAGGACACAAAUGGUGGAUCGUCUACUCCUCGAAUUGUAUUCCAACCCCGAGAGGCACGGCGCUCCUCCGGCCUGGGAAUUGACAAAGAAGGGCUUGGGUCUCCCCGCGUAGUUGCUCUACUUGACAAACGCCUGUCACUCGGUGAAAACACGCCACAGUUUGUCCCUCAGCAACAGCCGCGAGGUGGUGUGCGCUUUGAAAAUCCGCUGAAGAUGCAGGCGGACGAGGAAAGAGACCGCGAGGAAGAGGAGCUUAGAGAGGAUGGGCAUAUUCAGCCUUCCAGCUCCAUGAACAGCGAUAUUGGCUCAAACCUGAGGAAUAUGAUUUCUAGCAUGAGCCCGAAGAAGGGCAAAAUUGGAAGUCGGAAAAGCCUCCAUGUUGGUGCGGCGCGUGGCAUCCUUGGCAAGCGACCAGCUGAACUUGACGAAGACGAAGACGAAAUCGAGAAUUCUCCCAAACGCCUCCGUGGCCAUGACGUGAGCCCUGUCAAGGCAGUGCGACUUCCGGCCCCAUCAUCGGCCAAGAAAGAUCCCACCCGGCGGUCGAUUCUCUCUCCUGUCCGUAGGGCUCGGAGCUCCUCGCCGCUCAAGGGUAGCACUACUCCCACCCAGCCGCCGCAGAGUGCCUCGAAGAAGGGAAUCACUCCUCUGAAGGAAGGUGUGGAUUCUCUUCAUAUUGCUUCAGAUCCUCAACAGCCAGAGCCAGAAGAGGGCCUCCCAGAUCAAGAGCUCGAGCCUGAGGUAGAGCCUAUUCAGCUGCAGGAUUUCCUGAACAUGACCAAUAUUCAUUUCAUGGAACUCACCACCACGAAGAGACGACACACGACCGCGCCUGGAAGUGCCACUAGGAGGUUGAGCAGACGGUCUGGGGAGCACGUUCCCAAGACAGGAACGUUCACCUUUGGUGACUGCGUGGCUGCUGGACUGUGCACAGUGCCCAUGCUGGAGUUGUAUCAACACUCUUGCCGCGAGCUGAAGUCAUAUAUCUCCGAAGGCCGCCAAGUCAUUCGAUCCAUUGAGGCCGAAACCUAUACCGAGAACCCUCCCCUAUUCCGGGAAUAUGUGACUGCCCCGCCAGACAUCCGAGUGAUCAUGGACAACCAGUUCCGGAAUGUGAAGACGCACGCGCGAUUGUUGAGUAAGGCGACGUGGUAUGAAUGGCGAAUGAAGUUGCUUGAAGGUCUCAAAGAAGGGCUUAUCCGUCACGUGGAUGACAUGAAAGCCGAUGAUGCUUUAUUGUCUAAACGCGAGGAGAUUCUCAACAAUAUCGUUCCUCCACUGGUAGAGAAGCAAGCAUUCCUUGAACAAGAAGCGGAAAACCUGAGGCAGCUGGUUGAAGAAAUGGAGAGUUGUGAUCAAGAUGAGCUGCGCGGCACGCGUGAGAAGCUUUCGACUAUUGAUGAUGAAAUCGAGGCCAAGCAACGAGAACUUGAGCAGCUCCAGGCAGAGGCUCAGGAAAAGACUGAGAUCAUCGAUGCAGGAACCGAGAUGAGUAAUGAGUUCUUGGGUGAAAUCCAGGAAGCGGAGCGUAUCAAGGAGGAGUGUCGUGGGUGGAGUGCUCGCGACAUCAAUGAGCUGAAGAACUCCGUUCAACGUAUCGAGCGCCAGACCGGUUGGUCAAUCCUCUCUGCCUCCUUCUUGCCGGAGAAAUCCGUCGAUCCAAUAUUGGUCAUGUCCUACCGAGGCCAACUCCAGAUCAAGUUUCACCCCGGCGCAUUUGCGACGAAGACAUCCCACGACGCAGAGAAGACCAACCAGCUUCUCGAACUGAGCUCCGUGAAAGGCAAAACAACUUCACCGAUCGCAUCUUUCGCUCUCCAAUCAAUGCAGCAACAUCUCUCCACAAUAAACCAAUCCAAAACCGCCCCGAACGAACUGCUCCGCUUUAUCUCCUCCGCCUGGGAUCGCACCAACGAGGCCCGCAUGCUCGAAUUCUGCGGCGUCACUCGUCUUACCCUUUCUGAGCCAAAGAAUUCGUCUCUCUUCCUACGUGCCCGCUGCACCCUCCUCGGCAAUGCAGCUGUCCCCUCCACUCCUAGCCGUAAGGCUUCCGCGGCGAAGAAGACCGGCGCCAAGCGAAUCGACGUGGACUUUAACGUCCGCACGCGCGUCAAUACCGGAAGCGACGAGACCAAAGAAAUUGGCACCCUUGAUUUCCACAUCGAUGCCAUCGCAACGAAAGUCUACGGCUUCGGCACGGGCAAUAAGUCGGGGUUGUCGGGCAAGGAAAUGGAGGGUAUCCUUGGCAAAGGACUCACCCCUGGGGACGGGGCACAGCUUGGCAAUGGUGUUUGGUGCAAGGCUGUGCGCAUGCUUACCGGAUCUGCUUUUUGA